AUGCGUUCAUGGCUACUGCUGGCGGUCUUCCGCGAGGCAGUCAGCGAUGACGCAGCAGCCACUGGGGCGGCCUCAUACUGGCGGGGCGGCCGGGUGCAGGCAGCAGAGGAGCCCAACUCCCCGGCACCGAUCAUUGAAAUCGAAGAUGGUCAAUUGCAAAUAGACUAUCAAGGUGAUGCUCCUGCUCAAGAGUGUUUGGAGUACUACCUUGACAAGCUGAAGGUCGAGGAGCUGCAGAACCAGGUUCUGCACGAGAAGCUGGCGACAUCCACCCGCCAAAGAAGCGGAUCGAUUCGUCCUCGUGGAGUUCUCGUCUUCCUUCUGAUGGAGAAUGCGGAUAAGGUGUUGCACAAGGACCUCGCCCUGUCCCUGAGAUGCUUGGCGCGCUUCUUCUGGCGCUAUCCGGUUGUCAUCUUCCACACCAACAGCACGACGGCCUCUGAAUUGGACUGGAUGCGCUCCGUCAUUCCAGGUCACUUGCGCGUGGACUUUGAAGAGGUGUCUCUUGGUUUUCCUGCGUCGCUCGCUGACUUUCCGGGCGGGCCCGACGCUUUUCUACGCCCGCCGUCCUGCAUGCUUGACGGGCAGCACCAGUGGGGCCUACAGCGCAGCUGUGGCUGCCGCUGCCCAGCUUGGCGACCGCAGUGCUGGCCGCUGAACUGGAUGCAUGCCACGCACUUCUUCACCGCUGGAAUGUUCCGAACAAGGACGUUUCAAGAUGGCGGCUAUCAUUAUUUCUUGCGACUUGAUAUUGACCUUUUCUUCGUGGAGGCGCCUGUGCUAGACCCGUUCCAGCACAUGGCAGACCAUGGUUGCGUUAUGGUCUAUGAUCGGCUCUCACGCGAAGCUCCCGGCUGCUUUGAUGACUUCAACCGUCGCUGUCAGGAGUUCUUGGACAUGAUUGAAUACGGUGGCCAACCCGACGGAGACAUUCUGCAAGUAGGCUAUGGUCCUGCAGCAGCAGGUGGCCAGUGGACUAUCGGCGAUGUGCGCUUGUUUACAUCUCCAUCGUACCUUCAAUUCGCCGACUACUUUGCCAGCGGCAUCUACACUCAUCGCUGGGCGGACCAGCUGAUCCUGCUCCGAGGUGCAGCACUGUUCGGCCCACGAGCCAGUCCUUAUCUGGCUGAAGUCCCGGCAGUGUCUCUGUGUCUGGCAUCUCUCUUCCGAGCAGGUGCCAAAGGCGGCUUGGGAGGUGCUCCCCCUGGCCUUGUUCACCUGAAGGGCGGCUUCCGACAAGACUGGCUGUUGGAAACAUGUGCGGCCGAAGAUGCUUUUUCUUAG